GGUGCACACAUACCCUAUCCAGACGCCCCAUUUGGCUCCUGUCCGUAGCAUCAUCAACAAACACCAAGGCAUAUCCGGCCGGCAUCCUAGCUCCACCAUGGAUUCCCUCUCCUUCCCCCAAGGUAACAACACCCAAACCCUGAAUUCCUGAAACAUACCAACAUCUAGAGAAAGAAGACAGAGAGGCAUAGGGAGAGAUAGAGGUUAACUCCAAUAUGGCAUUAGCCACAGCAAGGCUAAUCCACCCUUGCCUGGUGGUCUCCAAGAAUCCAAGAACACCCUCCCUCCUCCUCCCCACACACAAGCCCCUCACCACCGCGCUGCUAACCCUAUCCUCCCCGUCUCAGCACUCCUCGCUCCACUCCGUCGACGUCUCCAAGGAAGACAAGCCACUGGACACCCCGCCGCCGCCGGAGACGACGACGGAGCAAGAAGGUGCGGCAGCGCCAUUGCAGGACGAAUUUGCGUUGGAUGAGGGCCCGAAGCUGGACCCGCGGCGGUUCGAGGAGCAGUUCGCGGUGCUGAACACAGGGGUGUACGAGUGCCGGUCCUGCGGGUACCUCUACGACCAGGCGAAAGGGGACCCGUCGUACCCGGUGCCGCCAGGCUUGCCGUUCGCCAAGCUCCCCGACGACUGGCUCUGCCCGACUUGCGGCGCCGCGCAGUCCUUCUUCGACAGCAAGAGCGUCGAGAUCGCCGGGUUCGCGCAGAACCAGCAGUUCGGGCUCGGGGGCAACUCGCUCACGGGAGGGCAGAAGACGCUGCUCAUCUACGGCAGCCUCCUCGUUGGAUUCGCCUUCUUCCUCUCCGGCUACUUCUUGCAAUGACAAGACAACCGAUCGUUGUUACUUCUUGUAAUGAAGAGGAGACGCGCUGGUACAUGUAAGUUUGCAGUUGGUUAGGCCACGAAUUACUUGGGCUGUUCUUGGGGAACUUAUGUUGUCAUAUCUUCGUUGCGUGUAUGGGCGUGUGUAUUAGCUUUGAGGAAUAUACACAUACUGCGUACAGGAAAACAGAGAUGUUCUGAUGUUCAGGAAGCGUUGAACCCCUUUUGGCUGCGCAUGUACAUUUAUGUGGGGCAAAACCACCCUCGCAGAUCACAACAACGUUUGUUUACGA